AUGAGGAAGUCCCGUCUUCAAAUGAACCCGAACUUUGCACGGGCACAUGGUCUUCAUGUUUGUGGAGAUCCGACGGCAGAAGCCUCUCGCUUGGAGACCGCAAUAGCGGAUGCUCGCAAUUCAGGACACCUUCGUCUAAACAAUGCGGGCAUCGGACUGCUGACAAACGAGAUUUUCGAACUUCGUGCAAGCCUAAAGGUUAACCUCUCUAUGGACAACCAACAAUCGGCCUAUCAGCACACGGAAGAUACACUUACAGUGGUCGAUAUCUCAGACAAUGACUUAAUCACUGGUGAUUUCGAUGAGCGCUUUACAAGGUUCACCAGGGUUCAAAAACUGUAUUUCAAGCGAUGCCAAUUGAACAAGAUGACUGUUUCGCUGACUUGUUUGGAGUUUUUGAAAAUAUUGGAUCUCUCAGGAAACCAAUUGACUGCUUUCGACAUGAACCUUCUGCCGCCUAUUCUGCACGAGCUCAAUUUAUCGAGCAAUCGACUGGCGGUUAUAAGCUCGUCCGACGAGUCAGCAACCAUACAGCUUCAGGUGUUUAACAUCUCGCACAACCAGCUAACUCAUCUGAAUGACUGUCACAUUUCAUGCCCUGACCUUCGAGUAUUUCGGUGCCAUCAGAACUCUUUUUCACGGCUUCCAACUGAGUUCCUUGGCGCUUCGACAGAUAAUAAGCUCGAGUCCAUUGACGCUUCAUACAAUAUGAUUGCCCACACAUUUGAUCUCAGCCGCUACAGAAGCUUGAAGACGCUGAAUAUCGGAAUGAACAGAAUGACAGCAUUGCCACUGAUUCCAAAUUCCCUACUGGUAUUGGACGUGACAGAAAACAGGAUAAAGGAUAUUGGAGCACUUCUCCCUGUAUCGGAUGCAUCGCCGCCUGCUUUGAUCGAGUUGAUGCUCAGUGGGAAUCACCUAUCUGAAAUCGAUGGCUCCACUGUUGAAAAGUAUUCCAACUUGCAACGCCUCGACCUUAGCUCCAACAAACUCAAAAACUUGCCAUACCAAUUAGGACUCCUUCCGAAGCUCAGAGCUUUCCGAGUCGCCUCAAACCCACUUUUUACAUUCAAAAGAUCUGACGUUGAGAGCAAUCCAGAUGAAGUACUGGCAGUUCUUCGCCGACGAGCGCCAAAGCGGGAGGAAGCGUUACAUUCACAACCUUCCUCGAUUCUUUCCGCUUUCAUCUCCAACGGAAACUCUAUUGUGCUCUCUGCAUUCCAUCAUCAAGGGCAAGGAGUACGGUCAUCUCUCUCCCUGGAUCCACUUGUGCGAUCGCUAAAAGCAAAUCCUGUGAUUGCCAGCAAGAUUACAAACAAACUUGAGUUGCAUGGGUUUGAUUCAAUUCCAGGGGAUCUGAUUUCGACUAUCCGAGAUGUCUCCAAUAUAUCACUUUCGGCGAACAAGCUAUCAUUGGUUCCGCCCCAAUUGGCAACCUGUCCACGGUUGGUCCAUCUUGACUUGUCAAAAAAUCAGUUGAGCGAUUUCUCUCCACUUAUUGUAGGGGAUCUGUUAUGGGCCAACACGAUUGAACUACUUGACCUAGGUGGUAAUUGCUUCACAGAGGUGCCCAUUGAGGUAUUGGCUCAAUUGAAGUGUCUGAAGACUCUCAAUCUACUAUCCAAUAAGAUCAAGUCCUUGGAGCGUUGUACAGCAUGGCUACCAGCAUCUUUGGUUCAUUUAGAGUUGUCAGAGAAUCAGAUCGAAGAUAUGGAAGACCUGGUGUGGUCGUUAGCCUUGAGUUGUCCCAACAUUCAAGUACUGCAAAUUGCCCAGAAUAAGUUGAAGAAGAUACCCUUGGAAUUGGGAUUGUUUCUCGAAGGUAAACUACGCAAGUUGAACCUGCAGAUGAAUCCCCAGCAAGCCGUGCGACAUGCCGUUUUGGAGAGAGGAUGUGCAGAUCAACUAUCAUACCUAAAGCAUAGGAUGACAAAGGAAGCAGUACUGGAGUCAAGGAAGCGAUUGGUAACUUUACAGGACGCGCUUCAAGCUGAGAAACAAUCGCUUUCACUCUCCAAUACAGUGGUGAAACAUGCAGACAAGACAGAAGAAAUUGAAGGUUUUCCAAUAGCCCAUACGACAAACCAAGGAGCUUCUAACCAAUCAAUUGACUCUUCCGAGAGACUAGCCUCGCUAAAAUUGAUAGCAGAAUGCAAAGAAAGAAUCGAUGAUGUGCAACAGGAAAUUGACACAAAUUUUGCACUGAGCCAAGCAAAACGUUACGCAUUGAAAAAAAAAAUUGCAAUGGAGCGGUCUCAAAUGAUAAAGGAAGAGCGAAAACUCGGUUUGAGAAAGUGA